AUGAUUCACGAAACUCUACGAUAUGCUCAUGAAGAAGGGCACACAGAUGUUUGUUAUUCUGAAGAUGGAUGUCGUUUUAUAACUUGUGGAUCUGAUGGUGAUAUAAGAAUAUGGUCUACAGAAGAAGGAGAAGAUCCCAUCCACAACUGCAUUGGGGAAUGGGCCCUAUCAGUUCAACAAAAAGGAGAUAACUUGUACGUAGCUACAGGCAGUAAUGACAUCCAAAUCCUCAAGUUACCAGAGGGAGAUAGACAUGGAGUACUGGAUAGAUUUGUUGCCCCCAUCAAUCAUAUUGCAACAGAAAAAGAUACUCAGUUGAUUGCCUUGGCAGGCGAGGAUAUGGAAGUGAAACUAAUAGAUUUAGAAAGAGCUAAUAAAGAAGUCUUAAUAUUCGAUGGUCUCGCUGGUCCUUGUUUAAGUGUGGCAAUCACUUCAAAAUCCAAAAUGGUCGCAGCCGCAUCGGGAGACUCGAAACUGAAGGUUUGGGACAUGGAACAUCGGACCCUGCUGAAAGAAAUAAGUUGUUUUCCUAGAGUCAAUAGUUUUGCAAAUGCGAAAGUGUUAUAUGCCAUCUGAUAUUCAGCAGCAUGGUAAUACCGUCUCAAGAUAUAGACACUACAAUACAGUGGAGUUUUCGGUUGGAAUCUGCCCAUCAGGUGCAAUAACAUAUACCAGAGAAGGACAUGAAGAACCCAUUUCUGAUAAGGAACCAUUUGAAAAGUCAGAUAUCAGAAAUAUUUCACAGGAGACUGACAGAUAGCUUUUGAUUCAAUAUUUGCAAUGAAUUAAGUAUUAAGCUCUACACACCACCACUUUUAAUGAGAAGACCAAGACUAACUGAUGAGGAAGAGUUAAUGACAAAAAAGAUGACCAAAGCCAGGAUUCAUGUUGAAAGAGCUAUAGGCAGGAUAAUGUGCUAAUAGAAUCUUGUGAAUAAAUGCCCUAUUCUUUUGAUU